AAGGAAGGAUUUCAAAUUUUAUAAUCAAAUAGUUGGCCCUGAAUUUAAAUCCAACGCGUCUUUCAUUUCCAUUUGAAAUUUCUAGCAGUAGAAAACGUGUUCUGUAACCCGGUGAAUCUUUAAUCUUCAUAGCCAUGAGAGAGGAUCGAUCAAACGCCUUGCUGUGGGAUCUAGCGUUGCCGUCCAAUCAUCUGAUAAAAAGCGAUUUGGCGGUCGUCAUGGAGGACAAAUUUCCCAAGUUUAAGUUCCACUAUUUAGUGCUACCCUGGGAGGAUAUCGAUAAUCAGUAUCAGCUGCAACUGCGGCACAUUCCGCUGCUGGAAGAAAUGCGCCGGCUAGCAUUGGCUAUGGUUAAGCGUGUUGCCUCCAAACAAUGUCCGGAAGACCGUUUUCUGAUGGGCUUCCACAUGAAGCCUACCAAGCGUCGGCUGCAUCUGCAUUGCUUCUCACAAGAUUACGUUUCCGGUUUAAUGAAAUCGGCCGAUCACUGGAACGGAUUCAUGACCGGCUAUUUGAUGUCGGUGGAUGAUAUUAUCCGAGAACUGCAAGAAACUGGUUCCGUUGCACGACGAUCGGAAUCGGUCAUUGCUGAACAAUUGCGAACUCCACUUAAAUGCAAUCAAUGCAACUUCCAGCCACUUUACAUGAGUUUGCUGAAGCAACACCUUCAAACAGAACAUCAACGAUACGCAUAAUAGCUUGGAUGUUGCAUUUCUCAUUUAAUGGUUUGUUCAUAAUCUUUCUUCUAACAA